CGCUGCUGCAGAGACACACUGCUGAUCCGGAUGUAAACACGGGCAAAUAAUCCAUCGCCGAAAUGAAAGUUUUGAAAGCACAUAGGACGAUUCACUAAAUUGUUACUUAUUGACUCAUGUUUAAUGGCGUUUACGCAAACACUUGUUGGUUUGGUCGUUUACUAUCAGCUGCUGAGAGGAUCCAACAGUGUCGAGACAACUGAGCAACAUCAGACGGAAGGAUUUAAAGCUUUUCAACAACUUUACGACAGAAACUACGAUAACAAUGAGUUAUACGAGAGCUUGAUACAUUUCAAGAAUUCACUUGAGAGACACAAGGUUUUAAACAACUUGCUGAAGAAAUCAAACCAGUCUGCCAGGUAUGGAAUCAACCAGUUCUCAGAUUUAUCUUCAAAACAGUUUAAAGAACGCUACCUCACGGUCCAGGCUGAUGCUGUUCCAAAGUUUGACCCCACUAGGCCCAACAUCCGCUUUAAGACGAGUUAUCCAGUAAGGUUUGAUUGGAGGGACCAUGGAGUUGUCGGACCCGUUCAAAACCAGAAGGCGUGUGGAGGUUGCUGGGCCUUUAGUGUGGUGGGGGCUAUUGAAUCAGUAUCUGCUAAACAUGCUGGAAAACUACAGGAGCUCAGUGUACAGCAAGUUAUAGACUGUUCUUACAGUAACCAUGGAUGCAACGGUGGAUCUCCUGUUGAAGCUCUGGACUGGCUCAUGAAGACCAAACUAAAGUUAGUAAACCAGGUGGAGUAUCCUUUCAAAGCUGUCGCUGGGAUAUGUCAAUACUUUUCUCUGUCUCACGAUGGAGUCGUACUUACGAAUUAUUCAGCUUAUGACUUAAGUGGACUGGAAGAGAUAAUGAUGAGUAUACUGGUGGAGACGGGACCUCUUGUUGUCAUUGUGGAUGCCAUCAGCUGGCAGGAUUAUCUGGGUGGCAUCAUUCAACACCACUGCUCCAGUCAUAAUGCCAACCAUGCUGUACUGAUCACUGGCUAUGAUACCACAGGGGAUGUGCCAUAUUGGAUAGUACGCAAUUCAUGGGGAACCACAUGGGGUGAUAAUGGCUAUGUUUACAUAAAAAUAGGAAGCGACAUGUGUGGCAUUGCGGAAAGUGUUGCUGCUGCUUUUGUAUAAAUCAGUUAACAAUCUUCAUACUUGAGGGAUCAGCAAGUCACAGAUCAACAUUUGAAAAUAUCAGCCCGAGGACAAGAACCUGACUCAGGUCUCAAAUGCAGCUGGUAAACGUUCUUGUGUGGAUUGUGGCUAAAAAUCCUGGUGCCUCUUGAAUUCAAAGCAAAUGAUUCUGUGUAAUUCCCAAUAUUCCUAAUCCUGUAAAUCACUGUAGCCCAAAAUAAUCUCUCAGUCAGGGCCAAUUUUAGUUAGGAAACACAUUUUACACAGAUUUUAACCAAACGCUUUUUGUGCAUUUAACAUGUGUUUUAUUUGCAUAAUAAUAAUGUUGCAUUGCUAUAGGACACACGGUAAACUCAUCAAAGAUAAUGUGACAAGAUAGACAAAAUAUGUAUUUCAAAAAUGUUCAAAUGUUUUUUGAGCCCACUGUAUUAUUGUGAAUACUAAUGAAAGCUUUACUACAGAUUCUAUUGCUAGAUAUCAUUUAUCUACUGUCCUACAUGUUUUGUAACUACACAGACUUUGUACUGUUUACUAGUUUUAUAUUUGAGUACAUUUUAAGAACACUCUGACAUGUGUUUCAAUAGUAAAUAAACAAGAAUACAUUUUCACAUGUUUUCAAAUAAAC